UGGUAGGAAAGAAUAAAAAAAAAAUGGUUUUUGUAGGUUAUGUUUUUAAAUUGGACUUUAACUAUUCAAAAACUUUUUAAAAGUGUUACAAUCUUUACAUUAUUUGUUUUAAUAAUUAAUAUUUUAGUUAUAUUCUUUAUAAAAUGACAUCAAACUUUGAAAUCCUCUAUUUGUGUAACUAUGAUGAUCAACUUGAUGAUAUGGUUCCUGACACCGUUAAGAAGCUUUGGUCAGGUCAAUUUACUAUAGAGAACUCAGAUUUAAUUAAAGAAUAUCUAUCAAGCGGUUUGGACGUUGAUGUUUUACAGAACACAAUAAAAAGUUAUCAAAAUGAUGACACGAAAUUAAAGAGAGUGUUACAGACAGCUAUAAGUUCUUUUCUAACAUUUUGUGAUAUUAACUGGAAUCCACACCCUAAAGAACUAGAUUUAAAUAAAUAUCUAGGAAAUGAAUGGCCUCAAGACAUUGAUGCAUCAAUAAAGUUACAGCGAGAUUCAGAACCAUUGUUUGCGAACAUUUUACAUCCAGAAUUGUUGUAUUUUUCUUCGCAAAUAUUCUCUAUACUAUGUUCAAUAGAGCAAAAUCUGUUGCACCUUUGGUGGAGUUUUCGCAGUAAAGUUACACAUCAAAGAGUUUUGGAGGACACUAGUGCCACCCUGUAUAAUGAAUUGGAGUUGAUCAUUGCCAAGUUAUACAAUGUUUCACAAAUUCUGGACAAGCCUCGAUUAAAAAUACUCCUGUAUUUAGAGAUCGCUCAGGCUUACUUAAUCUAUGGAAGAGUCCAGAAAGUUGAGGAGUACUUGUUAAAAGCAAGAGAAAUUGCUGGAUUGAAACUUGAGUUGACGGGAAUAUUAGGCAAACGCACAAAGUUCCAACAAGAAGCACUGGCGCAGUUGGCAUUAUCAAGCGAACUAGACGACAGUAUAGAGCGUCUGUCCGCUGAACAGAGCCAUGGUGACUCGGAGCUUCCAGUGGAGAUUGAGCUGCAAGAUGACCUUCGAUUGAACCAAAUUGCCUUCAAUGAAAAUAUUACUCAAGCAGAACUGCCUAGCUUGGAGCAGACAUUAUGUUUGUUGAAUGUGCAAUUCCUUCAAAAGUCUCAACCCAAAGAUGAUCUGAGAGACGAAGAAGUGAGGCCGUACAUAGACGCCAUACUGUCACAGAAGAGCGGCCCGUGGUCGACCCGCGUGGCGGCGCUGCUGACUCGCUGCAAGUUGGAGGCCAACCACAAGCGCACUGUGGAGCGCGCGAUGCUGCAAGCUGAAACUAUUGUCAAUGAUAAGUCAGGAGUCUCCUCCACUAGCAGGUUGUCAUACUUAUGGGCCACAGGCCUGUCUCCCGCUUGGAGCUGGCGGCAGCAGCUGGCCGACCUGUACCUCAGCCUGGGGCUGGUGAAGGCGGCUCUCGAGGAGUACCAGAAGCUGCAGCUGUGGGAGGACGUCAUUGUGUGUUACACCAUGUUGCAACUGAGGCAUAAGGCUGCAGAAGUCAUCCAACAACAAAUAGACAUUGAACCAACUGUAAAGCUUUAUUGUCUUCUUGGGGAUGCUACCGACGAUAUCACCUGCUACUCCAAAGCAUGGGAGUUCUCAAACCAUAAGAGCAGCCGCGCGCAACGCCACUGGGGCAACUAUCUGUUCGACCACAAGAAGUACGACGAAUGUAUCCCACACUUCGAACUGUCUGUCGAGAUCAAUUCUAUACAAGAGAGAGUGUGGCUGAGAUUAGGAUAUGCAGCUCUUAUGACAGAAAACUGGGAGCUGUCAGCUAAAGCAUAUCGCCGGUACACAUAUUUGCAGCCAAACACUUUCGAGGCGUGGAACAACUUAGCGAAAGUGUAUGUAAAGCAGGGUGAUAAGAAACGAGCUUAUCGGGCGCUGAUGGAAGCGUUAAGAUUUAAUUAUGACAACUGGAAGCUUUGGGAAAAUGUAAUAAUAGUUAGCAUGGACACAGGCUAUUUUGACGACGUAAUUCGUGGGUGUCACCGUAUACUUGAUCUACAACACAAAUUCGAGGAUGUCGAAGUUUUAUCGCUGCUAGUUAAAGCCAUUGUUAAUAAUGAAAAGGAUGCCGAUGGCAAUAGUGUUGCCAGAUUACAAAAGCGAGCACUUGAAUUGUUCGGAAGAAUAACAUCUAUUCAUCAAAAUAAACCAGAAUUGUGGCAGUUGUAUUCAGAUCUAAGUCCUACCUAUUUGCUGAAGGCACAACGUUUAUUGAAAGCUUACAAGGGUUAUACUCAGAGUGGUAGCUGGUCAAACAACCCAGAGACGUGCAGUAAGGUUAUGGAGCUCGCAGAAAAUCUCCUAGACAACAGCCUGAAAGCAAGAAAACAUGCGGAAGAGAAAGACCAGCUCCAAGCAAAUCAACAGUUGUCAUCGGCUCGGCUAACGGGGCAAGCUGUAAUACGAGCCGUGGAGAAACAGGACUGGGCAGAAACGAAGAAUAUGUUACAUGAAUUAAAAGAAUUGUAUAAUAGUGUUACUGAAUAUAUGAAAUCGAUUAUGUAAA